AGGAUCCUGUUGCUGCGUUCAGGGACUGCUCGGAAAAUCUGACGUCUCAACAGAAAACAAAAAACAAAAAACAAUACAGUGCGAAAUGUCUAAUAAACUGUUUUAAUUGUGAAGUAAUUACAACAUAGAGCAUAUAAUAACAGUUGUAUUAAUCGUUAUACAUCUAGAGAAUUGCUUAAUUCAGUUUAUUUUUUUUUUAAACACAAUCAUUCAACCUCAUCUGCUUAUGCUAUCUUUUCUACUUUUGCACUCUGCAUGAUGAUAAGAUGUAAAAUGUACCUUUAUGCUUAUUCUCUUAUUCUGUGUAUGUACAGUGAGAGCAAUGUAAACUGGCCAAUAAGAGUGAUUCUGAUUGUGCAUAAUAUUCAGUUAUUGUAGGUUAUUCCAGUGGUUCCCAACCUUUUUCCUUAAGGGACCAUUUUUCUAUCAUUGAGUAAACUGACUUAGAGACAUAUUUUAUGGAUAUUUCAUAUUAUAUUCAAUGCAUAACAAUAACAACACAGAACAAAACUGAUAAACUGUACAAUAAACCCAAAUAGUGAACACAGUAACUGCAGGAAGUUUGAGUAAAACAAGUGAUUAGGAUUAAUUUGAUCAGAUUAUUUCCUGGUUUUUUUACACAAUUCUGUCUGUAUUAUAAGGGCUUUGUUUUUGUCUUCUCAUUGAUCUAUUAGCUCUUUGGUUGUUUUACCUGCACACUUACAUGCACAGGACAAGUUCAGUAGAGAGAGAUGACUCUGUGAAUAUAACUUGUGUUCAGGUCUUCAGAGUUUAUAUGGUAAAUAAUUAACAUUAAAAAUAACAAUGCGAUUUUGUUUUCUACUCAGAAAUGAAUAAAAUGCUAGCCCUCCUGUGUAUAUUUAUUAAGGCGACCCCUGUGAAGCUUUGGCGACCCCUAGUGGAGGUCCCGAAACCCAGGUUGGGAACCACUGGGUUAUUUUUACACAUCAAUUUGUUUGCAUCAUAAACUGCUUAUAGUAGCAGUUUUGUGUUUCAGUCCAUGAAUUUCACAAGGAACAACAAACAAUGUGACAUCCCCAGUCCUUAGUGGGGGAAACCUGAGGAACUAUGUUACUUUUUACUCCACUUCCUCUACAUGAAAGCUACAGUUAGUAGUUACUUAAUAGAUACCCAGAAUGACCAAAUAAAAGAUAACACAUAGUUAUAUUAAUAGCUACAAUCAACCCCACCUAGGCCAGCGACAACAUUAAAAUGCUGCUUACAUCCUAAUCCUGUAAUAUAACUUGGACAGAGACUAUUUUGCAUGCAAAGUGGGAUGUUCUACUGUACUUUUACUUAAUUAAAAUUGUGACUUUUAUGCUGUAUUUUUCUUAUUUUUGCUAAACUAUUCUACUUUUAAAUCGAUACAGCUCCAUUGUGGUGGAGGAAGUACUCAGAUCUUUUACUCUAGUCAAAUACUACACUGUAAAAUCAUGCAUUCAAAAUCUAACUUGAGUAACAGCACAUUAGUAUUAAUAGUUAAAUUUACUUAGAAGUAUCAAAAAAGUGCUAAUUAUGUACAACACUGUCCCCUGUGACAGUCUGGUGGUAUAUUAACAAAUUGUGUAUUUUUAUUAGCAUUUUUCUUGUACAGUGGGUUUAGGUGGAGCAAAAUUACUUUAAAUUAUAUUGGGUAGUUGUACAAUAUAAAGCUAAACUAUAACAAUGUAUAGUAUUUCAUAAUAUACGUUUUGUAUGAUAAUUCUUAAUAUUCAAAGUAACUAUUAACUAAAAUUGUAGCUGUGUAAAAAAAAUCCCUAAAAAAGUAGUAGAGUUAGAAGUACAAAGCAGAAUAAAAUGAACAUAGUCAAGAAACUACAAAAAGUACUUCCAGAGGUGGAAGUACUUUUUUACUUGAACUGAACCAUUGCUGUACGGAUAUUUACGAUGGUCCCCGAAGGCAGCAUCUGUUCCAAUGUCUUUGUAAUUACCGCCACCUACCGGUAAGAGCCGGGAAUGUACUUCCAGCCUCGACGAAAGGGACUUUAUACCAAUUACAGCACCCAUACUUAACAUACUCUGCGGCUGCACUCAUUUGAACACAAAAACACGGUGAACCACAUUCAUUUUUUCCGCAUUAUCAAACUACUGCUGCUGCUUCACAUCAAGUGGGAACAACAGACAACAGCGCCCCCUGUCUGCACGUAUGAACCGCCCUCCCUGCAUCGAGCUGGGAAUAAAAAGCUCCAUCAUCCUCCUGCGAUACGAGCAUCGUUUUUGGCGGAGCUAGGGCAUCUUCCCAACCCCCCCCCUCCCCAACCGACACCCAUGACUACCGACUAGGGUCGCUGGUUAACGGACAAACAGAGGGAUAUAAGGACAGUAACAUGGCGAAACACCGCAAAGACAGAGACAGCUGGGGUGAGUGGUCCCUCAGUGACAAAAAUGUCUAUGACUGGAGCUCGGAGGAGGAGGAGCCGGACGGACGAGCCCGGCCCGUGCAGGUGCUGCUGGUCAAAGAUGACCACACCUUCGAGCUGGAUGAGGCGGCGCUGAGCCGCAUCCUGCUGGCGGAGGAGGUCCGAGACCGCGAGGUGGUGGCCAUCUCUGUGGCCGGAGCUUUCCGCAAGGGCAAGUCCUUCCUCAUGGACUUCAUGCUGCGUUACAUGUACAACCAUGCUUCUGAAACCUGGCUCGGAGAUGCAGACGCGCCUCUGACCGGCUUCUCCUGGAGGGGGGGCUCGGAGAGGGAGACCACUGGGAUCCAGAUCUGGAGUGAGGUCUUCCUGGUGGACAAACCAGACGGAAGAAAGGUCGCUGUAUUGCUAAUGGACACCCAAGGCACGUUUGACAGCCAGUCGACGCUGAGGGAUUCAGCCACUGUGUUCGCACUGAGCACCAUGAUAAGCUCCAUGCAGGUUUACAACAUCUCACAGAAUGUACAAGAGGACGACCUUCAGCAUUUGCAGCUUUUCACCGAGUACGGCAGACUAGCUAUGGAGGAGACUUUCCUUAAACCAUUCCAGUCCAUGAUUUUCCUCGUUCGAGACUGGAGCUUUCCGUAUGAGUUUCCCUACGGACAGGAAGGAGGCAUGAAGUUCCUCGAGAAGAGGCUGAAGAUCUCAGAGAACCAGCAUGAAGAGCUGCAGAACGUGCGUAAACACAUCCACUCCUGCUUCACCAACAUCUCCUGUUUCCUGAUGCCUCACCCUGGCCUCAAAGUUGCCACCAACCCACACUUUGAUGGGAGAAUUACAGAGAUUGAUGGCGAUUUCUUGAACAACCUGAAGGUUCUGGUCCCGUGGCUUCUCAGUCCUCGUAACAUCGACGUGAAGGAGAUCAACGGCAGCAAAAUCACCUGCAGAGGACUGCUGGAAUACUUCAAGGCGUACAUCAAAAUCUACCAAGGUGAGGAGCUGCCACAUCCAAAAUCCAUGCUGCAGGCCACAGCAGAGGCGAAUAAUUUGGCAGCAGUAGCUGCUGCAAAGGAUCUGUACAACAAGAAAAUGGAGGAGGUCUGUGGGGGUGACCGGCCCUUCCUAGCCCCCAGCGAGCUGCAGGCCCGACACAGCGCCAUCAGAGAGGAGGCCCUGCAGGUGUUUCGGGGUGUGAAGAAGAUGGGAGGCGAGGAGUUCAGCCGCCGCUACCUGCAGCAGCUGGAGGGAGAAAUCGACGAGGUGUUUGUCCAGUACAUCAAGCACAAUGACUCCAAGAACAUUUUCCACGCAGCCCGCACGCCGGCCACUCUGUUCGUGGUCAUCUUUGUCAUGUACGUGGCUGCGGGCAUCACAGGCUUUGUGGGCGUGGACAUCAUUGCCAGCCUGUGUAACAUGAUCCUGGGUCUGGCACUGAUCACUCUCUGCACCUGGGCCUACAUCCGGUACUCCGGGGAAUAUCGAGAACUCGGCGCCGUCAUCGACCAGGUGGCUGGUGCACUGUGGGACCAGGGAAGCACAAAUGAGGUAAGUGGAUCCAAGUGUGAAUGUUUACAAAGGCAGGGACAGCAAGAGCGUUUUUUAGGGAGUGUGUUGAUGGGCUCAAGUUUCCUCAAAAUGAUUACGUUCAUAAAAAUAGUUACCUCCGUAUAAUUUAAUGAUAAUGACAAGGUCAUGUCACGCCCUGCGCUGCUGAAACGCAGCCUGCUGUUCACUGUUGGUGUUCAGUAGGAGACUUUGGACAGCAGAGGGGGACAGGUGACCUUAAAUUAUUCUUCUUCUUCUAUUCAGAUUCGUUCAUGCUGUCAUACCAAAUACAUGCAACCAAUUAUUUUGACAGUAUGACAGUAGCUAAAUAGAAUAUAGUAUAUUAACCUUUAUUCAUUUAGAUCCUCACAGCAAUAUAGGCAAACAUAUGCAAAUAUGUUGAACUUUGUGUCACUUUAUUGGCUAUUUUCAUCACCAUUACCCAUCCACAUAGCUCCUAAAAUUGCUCAUCUGCAUCCCUACCCUGACAUUAUCUUAAGUGAUCUUUGGGAGUUAAAUUCUCCGCCUGUAAACACGUCUCCCGUCUCCGCUCCGCAGGCUCUCUACAAGCUGUACAAUGUAGCGGCCAAUCACAGGCACCUGUACCACCACGCCUUCCCUGGGCACCAGGUGGAUGAGGUUGCCGAGGAGCAGGACAAGAAGAGGGACUGAUUAGAUAAGACAGAGUACAGCAGGGACUUCCUGGUGAUGGACAAGAGGAAGAGGAGGAGGAGGAACAUCCUCACUCAUCAGGCACUCUUUUAUUCUGGUAUUGGCUGAUGCUGCCCACCAAUACAUCCACUACUUUAAACCUAAUAAUGGACUGUAUAAUGUUCACGUAUAGGCAAUGUCAGAGCAUCUCCUCAGCGGGUGCUUGCUUUCAAGCGAUGGAUGCCAUUUAUCAUUGUCUCUCACUUUUUUUGUCUGUGGAAAAAAAAAAAUAGCACCUGUACAGAUACUGUAGGCACUCUGCCAGAGGAGACCUCGGCAUAUCCAACCUCCAGUCAGCUGUUGAUUUUAUAUCAGACGGGUUUUUUUCUUUUCCAUCAUUUGUCACCGACAAUGAUUUUUCGAAGUAUAGCCAAAUCUGUGAAAUUCCCAUUUGUGACGAUCGUUCUGUUCUUUGAAGUUUAGUGCUGUUUAUAAGAAACAAUAUCUAUGAUCUGCGAUGUUUGAAAGCCAAAAUAUGUACUGUAUGUUAAAUAAUGAAGCGUUACAAGCAUCAUCAGCAUGGUAAAUGGUCAAUGUCUGUCAUCUUUAAGCUCUAAAACCAGGUAUACUUUAUAAAAAAUUUAGUUUUAAUGGUUGUGACAAAGUGGUAUUGUGCCAUAACAUGUAAAAAAAAAAAAAAAAUGAUUUCACAUCUACUGCAGCCUGGCUACAUGCAGACACUCGAUGGCACAUUUAUUAGUUGUAUGCAGUAUGUUUUGUUUUGGAGGUUGGUGUUACUUUUCUGGAUCAGGGAGUUGCUUUGUGCUGACAUAUUCUUUCAAAUAGGAGCACUGGGUGGAAAGGCAAAAACAGAUCAAAGUUUACACAACAUAGCUGACAUUAUCUUUCACUUUGUAGUCCGCUUGCAGUUUUGUAAUUUACGCAGCGUCCCAGUGAUCCUCUAUAUAUGUGUUUGGUCUUUGAGGUUGAGGGGAAAGAGUGUGUUUGGUUUCCAUUGUGAUGUAGAGGUGGUGGGUGAAACCAUUGUUGUGUUUUUCUCUCUGAAUGUUCGAGCAAAUCCGAGGAAUGUAGCUAUUCUGUGGCCACUGAGGAAUCAAAGCUAGUUGUUAUUAGGCGGGGCGACAGGCCCGCUUUGGAAAAGAAUCCUCAUUCCACAUCUCUUUCAUCAUCUUCACACACUUAAGUUGAAUCAUCUGUAACAAAAAAAAGAAAAGAAAAGAAAUGAAACUGUUGCAUGGUGAAAGAGGCCAGGCCCAGACUUUUUGUGUUCCCCAAAAACAGCUUGCAUUGUAAACAAAAGGCUUGUAUUGGUGACAGCACUUUUUGGUGUUUGAAUACUUUGGCUUAGUAGACUGUUACUGUACAUUUGUAUAACUGUGGUCAUUGUUUUUAGCUCAUUGAAUAACCCCCAAUCAUAGAUCUCACUGUAAUACUGUCUGCAUCACUUACAGCUGCAGCACUGAACUGUUUUCUUUCCAUGUAGAUCUGGUCACCAACAGUACAGGAACACUGUCAUGCAUAUUUAGCAAGUUUAUACUGAGGUUUGACCUCAAGGGUUGAAAAUUUAAAGGCACUGCAGCAGAGUGGCUUCUUGAGUCUUCCACAAUGUAUAAUCAACAUCAGUGAGGCCUUCACACAAAGAUCCAUCUAAGUCCAGUUUAAGAUUCGUGAGGUUUUCAAAUCCCAUUUUCUUGUGUGUGUUGAAGCGCCCAUUCAUAAGUCAAAAAAGUAGCAUUUGUUUACAUUGUGUUGCGUUUACACUCCAAAUUAAAUAAUAAUUGAAGAUUUAAUCUGUUUAAAAAGAACGGAAAGAUUGAUCAGAGUUUGUUAUUCUUGGAUUUGACAAUUCAUUCCUAAAGCCGCCUCCAUCAACACUUAAAUCAACUCCGGAUGUCGUGGGAGCCUCAGUCAAAUGAAUCAUCCUCUUCCAAGUCAACACUGCUAAGUUUCAGCACACGCAUUGCAAAAUUUCAGUUACAAGGAAAUAAAUAAUAAAGUUGGACCAAAUUAAUGAAAACUAGACUUUUUUUCUUUCUUUAAGACAUAAAAAAUACUCUGUCUUAAUUUGUGUCUUAUAUAUUCAUACGUUUUCCACAAACAUUUUUACUCUUUCUCCCUCAUUCAAAAAUCCACAAAUUAUGAAUAUGCAAAUAAUUCUUUGUUUUAAAAGUUUAACUGCUGGACACAAGAUGUCUCCUACUUCACUGAAAAGUAUAUUCUCAGUGUCUGUGCACGGCAGGCUUCAUGUUUUCACAUCACACUUGUAUAAGUUGCGUACUGGAUCACGAUUGGUUUCCAAACUAGUUCAAAUCAUUUUGUAUGCACAAGUCUCACACUCAGAUUUAAGGUGAGAUCAGGGAGUCGUGUUUCCAAUAUUCACUCUCUUUUAGCUCUAUUUUUGGUCUCUACCAACUCCUGAGAGAAAUAUCUGGCUCUUUAGCUUCCAAAUGCUCCCCUAUGUUCACCAGCUAGUCUCUAAAUGUAUCUAUCUGCUGUUUGGUGCUGAGCAGGUAGUGUACGGUGGGAUUUUAGAGCCAAAAAUGACACAACGAGAGCGGUGAGAGUAAACCAAAACAGCAGUUGUGGCGCAGAACGUCCUCUAGAAAAGCUCAGGGAAGCAUCUCUCUUUAAUGAAGGUGGAGCGUUUAACCAGACAUACAUUAACCAAACCAAGCAGUUAGUUUUCAUCCUUUAAAGGUCCAGUGCGUUACAUUUAGGAGGAUCUAUUGGCAGGUAUGUUUUCAAUAGUGUAUAAUAAUCACCUGAAUAUUGAAUAUAGGAAUUGUUCUGCUGUUGUUACCUUAGAUUGAGCCAUUUUUAUCUAUAGACGCAGUGGGUCUCCGUCUAUGAAGGCCGCCAUGAUGAACCACCAUGUUUCUACAGUAGCCCAGAACAGACAAACCAUUCACUGGCUUUAGAUACGGCCUCUCGCUGUUUUCACGAAUUUCGCAGCCACCGUAGUUUCUCCUACACACUUCACAGCCCUCAUUUUCAUCCUCAGAUCAUCGAAUACUAACACAAGAAGCGUUCACUAAAUCCUACAUACUGGUCCUUUAUGUCUUUUCUACUGUCAAACUUAAAAAUAUUGUUCAAAAUCACUUCACAUAAAACACAAAUCUCAAAACCUUUGUGUCGAAGUUUGUUUUCGAGUGUGGAACAGUGACCUUGGUGGCCGUUGGGGAAAAAAAAAAAAAACACCCACUGCGACCAGUAUAGUACCAGUGUUUUCCACCUUCUGCCCUCGGGGGGCAGUUAAUGAGCCCAUUACGGCUUUGCUUACCACAAUGAGGUGAUGAAGACACUGCACUAGAAAAUGUAUUUG